ACCGCUGAGACGGCAACACGAGCUGACGGAAUGUGGCUGGUGCAGAUAUUGUACUUUGUGGGCCUGCUGACGGUCUUUCUGCUGCUCGGCUACUGCGGCGAAAGUGUCAACGGAGACUUCUAUGGCAAUGCGAGUGCGAGGCUGCUGCGCUUCCGGGACUUUGAGCCCCGCCAGCCAGGGGACUUCCACUUGGGCGAGGCCUUCGCGGAGGAGAGGGACUCGGGCGUGGGUCGGCAGGGUCGCGGCUUUCACUUUCAGGCCAGCGACGAGGAUGUCAGCGUGGAGCUGGAGUUCAUCGUGCCAUUCGUUAGGGUGCCGGUGAAGCGCAGCAUGAGUCUGGCCCGGGACGCAGUGCAGAACCUCCUGAACCUGCGCACGGGAACGCUGCUCAACACGGCGGUUGUGGUGGCUGCGGGAGCCGUAAUUGCAGCCGUGGUGCGCCUUCUCCUGGCUCCGCUGGUGGUCACGUCGCUGGGCAACGGCAACGGUUACAGCUACAAAUCGGAUCACACCACCAGAGGCAUGCGUAGCCUAACGAAUGUGGUGGAGUCCCACCUGGAGGAGCACAACAUUGACAUGUCCGCCUGUGUCCAGCGCUACAUCUGCCAGUACCUGCAGCACAAUAUCUCCUCCAGCUAUGCGCGGCUUCUCCACUUGCUCGCCAGCUCUCCCUGGCUGGAAUCCCUCACUAGGGGCACUGCAGUUGUGCACGCCAUCCAAACGGCACACAGCAGUGGCAGUCGGACCUGUGGCAGCACCUACGCCAGAUGCAGACUCCCCACCCUCGGGAAGCCCCAAAACUCCUCCUGGACAGCGCGGACGUUGCCCAAAGUCUUGCAUUUGCCUGACAAGCAGCAGCAACAGCAGAGGGUGGGGAGCGGGAGCCAAACCAAAGACAAAUUAUCGCAGCCAAGGAGCAGCCAAGCGGCACCCAGCACCCAGCACCCACUCCACUCCACCCAAGCAGAGCCACCCCAUACCAUUACCAUGGGCAAGAAAUACGACAAAUGGAUUUCAAAUGCUCGCCAGCCCCGCAGUCGAACGGAGCUCCCAGCGGAAGCAGCGGAAACAAUGAAGGUGCUGCACAUCCUCUGCGCUCUCCUGGCCAAUUGUGCCCUGAUCUGCGCUGCCACUGAGGGAGAGGAGCCGAAGGGAUCCGCCUCGAGUGACUUUAGGCUCCCAAAGCAGAAGCCGCACAGUCCGCACAGUCCAGGAUUCAAGCUGGUAUCCUUCGACGCUGUGGGCAAGCACAUUUCCCUGGGACUGGACUAUCUGGUGCCCUUCCUGGAGGUGCCCAUAAAGCGCAAACGCAAUGCACCCCCAAAGCCCCUGGUCAUAAUCAAUUCCGCGGCGGUGCUCAGCUGCGGACUCGUGGCAGCUGGCGGACUCCUCGUUGGGCACUUGAUCCGCAGCAUGGGUCUGGACGCCAUCACCCAGGAUGACUCGCCAGGCCAUGGCCCUGGCCCUGGCCCCACUACGAGUGGAAGGCCAAAGUCUUCGGAGGAAAGCCCCUCGUCCACGUCCGGUGGUGGUGCGGUGCUGACCAAUGCCACGGCUCGAGGUCUCCUGGACAGGGAUCGGGGUUUCCUGGAGUUGUUCAAGCUCGUUUACCGCAACGAGACAGGCGAGCGAGUAGAGAGCAGCCUCCCCAGUAUGCUCAGCACAGUGGAGCGAACGUAUUUCAGGAACGAGGUCGAUCUGUCCGCCUGCCUGCUCAAGUCGCUCUGCACCCUGACCUUCAAGGCGAGCGACAAUGUGCGCAAGCAGCAGGCCUCCGACAUGGAUCACCUGCUGGAUGCGGCCACCAACUGGUCCUGGAUCCUCGGCUGGCUGGAGCAGUCCACCCUUCGCGAGGCCAUCGAGGCCGGCAAGGAUCCCAGGCCACAUCACUGCACCUCCCAGUAUCCCCACUGCCAAUGGGCGGCACCCGACGAGCGAAUCCUGCAGCUGCUGCAGCACAAUGUGCAGUUCAAGUGAUCCAAAUUACAUUUAAUAAAUAUACUCGUAAA